CUUCGUAAUUUGUGUGACGAUACUUAAAAGCAAAGAACCGUGAAGACCUAAUUCGAUUUAAUUUCUCAAUGAAAAUUUGUGCAAAAAUGUUGUGAAUUCAGCAAAAUAUACUCAGUCGUAAUGAAAGUUGAAUUAACUGUAUGGAAUAACUAGACGAAUCUUAGUUCGGAUACAUAUGUAUAUAAUUUUGGCGCAAACGUAGCGCUUUGUGAUGCUCCUCUAAAGUAUUGCAGUAAAAAUUACACAGACGCAAACAAAUUAUAAAAUGGCAUUGACCGUAGUGAAAUAUCGCAAGCCUGGGAGUAGUGGAACUACCGCUUCCGGCGCACCAACUCCAGCGAUAUUAAUAAAGAGCAAAUUGCAGCCUCAACAGCAACAACAAAUUGCAAAGAAACCUAUAUUAAAAUUGGAAGCUGGGUCAAAUUUAAUUAUCAAUAAAAUACCUGCUACUAUAAAGCCUGCCAUAAUGAAACGCAGCAACACAUCAUCUAUUGAACCUCCUUUUAAAUCAACAAAAUAUUCACUGCAAACAAUAGCCAGCGCUGGCACACCGUUAACCAGCUUUCAAUGGCAACAGACCAUAGGUGGCCCUGGUGGUACAACCAUUACCACUACUCCAACCAAAAAGCAACAGAUCGGCGCUACAAUCAGCCCAUUACCGUCUGGUACAAUUAUACAAGCAAGCGGAGUGGCUUCUUCUAGCAGCAUAAAUGGUGGAAUUGGGACGACGAUUACGCCCACGGGAAACACAUUUAAUGCUGUCACAUCACAAGGCACCACACUUCAAGUGCGACGUCCAACUAUUGUUAUAAAACGUGAAUUUCCCAAACGUUCAAUACGUAGUGUAACGCUUGAGUUGAUAGAGAAGAAUCCUUAUGUGCAUUUGGGUGUUUUGGCUAAUCGUUUAUCGCUACUGAAGAAUAUAAUUUGCACCACUGCUAAUAUAACAACAACCGAUUGCUAUUUGACCUUGAAGAAGAUGCGCCAAAAUGAAGAAUUCUCACUACUAGCCGAAUACUUUGAGCUGAGCGAAACAGAAGUGCAGCAAAUAUUUGCUCGCACGGUAGUUAAAUUGGCUCGUUAUUUACGUUUGUUUGUGCGUUGGCCUGAGAGCAAAAAAUAUUAUGACCGACAUAAAAAUUUGCCUUUUGCCUUCCGUUCGACUUUGUCACAUGUGCAGUCGCUGAUUGAAUGUGUUGAGACAGAUAUGCCACGUCUAAUGCCAAAUGAUUGUAGCAAUUACAAAUUUAUUUUCAGCAUUACACCAACUGGCAUAAUCUCAUACAUUUCUGAAGCUUUUGUUGGGCAUCACGAUGAUCUAACGAUAUUUAAUGCAUCAGAUUUUCAAAAUUCCAUACCGAAAUACCUUUCAUUGGUCGCCGAUCCGGGUAAAGCCAUACGUCGUAAGCGAAAACCUAAGCAUCCCUCUAUCAGCAAUUCGUUGCCAUCAAGUGGCAAUGCAGAAACUGAUUCCACCACUGAUUCAGCAGAUGAAUCAGCAGACGAUAUAGAGGUGGACGAUAGUGAAGAUAGUCAAACGCUUAGCCGGUAUGCAGCAUCGCGCGUAGCAGCAGAACUGGCUUCCCACCAAACAAUGAACAUUGUAAAUAGCGAAUUGACAUCGCGCAAAGUAAAAGAUUUCACCAUUCCGACAAUGCGUGUGCGUGAACCAGUCUGCAGACAACAAAUUCGCCAUAUGAUCAGUUGUCUGCGUGAUUUUAAAAUGUUACAACCAUAUGCCAUACAAGAGCCAAUCAUUUUCCAAUACCUCAAUGAGAUAUUAAUCGUUGCAUCGGCACUUACAAAUAUGCAGAGGUAGAAAAGUGUGGCUAACAAUUGAUUGGCAUGUAUGUAGUUAGGAUAAAGCAAAUGAAAAGGAAAUAAAAAAGACUCGGUUUACAGACCUAAGCAGUAGUAAGUUUUCUGUGCUGCUUAUGAAUUUACGCUUAAACGAUUAAGAGUGGUUGAUCGAAAAGCAUGGUCACAUGGCUAAAGGAAUUUGGGCGUUAGCUAUUUGUAGAGUGCGUCUUAUAGUUCCAUUUGCUUACAUCUAUGCCCCUAAUCGACAAUAUGAAUUACUCAACUCAAUUAAGUAAUAAAACAAUCGGUUGUUAACGGGAACUUAGUUUUAAGAUUUCUAGUUUAUACAAUUUUAAUUUGGCGCAUGUGCAAAGAAAAUUCUCUUUGUCAUAUAUAAUAGUCGUUGAAAUUUAUCUGUAUAAGAAAAUAUAAAUUUCAGUCGUGCACGACUGAAUGAUGCAGCACUUUCCUAUAUAUCAAAGCACCACCAAAAUAAGCAAUAACAAUGGCGGUAGAACACAACAAAUUAUAUAUAAAAUAUUAAUUAAUCUAGUAAGUAAAUGUCAACACGAUGAGCGACAAAAUUCAAUAUGUGUGCAAUACUACUUCUUAACUGGUUUAAAUGCACACCAUCAUUUCGGCACUUUUUUGCAUGGUUAGUAAUAAAAAAUAGAUUCUGUAUUAUAAAAACUCACACGCAUGUUGUAAAAAAUUUAUAAAUUGUAAAUAUAAAAAAUAUGUAAACUACAUUUGAAUAUCUUAUACUAAUCAGAUUUGUAUAUAUCUUACACAUGCAUUGAUUUAUAGAUAUUCUCGAAGUGCGACGUAUUUUAAAAUGAAAUGCAAAAAAAUCCUGACAUGUUGGUGUAUUGCUAAAAUUCCAGUAUCGGAUACAUAUUGAUUUUUUUUCAAAUGAGCGUGUAAUCCGCACAUUGUAAUCAUUGUCUAAUUUUUUCCGAAAAUAAAAAAUAAAUUGAUGAAAAAUCAUAAAA